UCUGCCGCCGCUCUGCUCACACUGUAGUUCGCUGCGGAGGCUGUUUAAAAGACCAACGCUACUAUUACUGAGCGUUUUUUUCGCGGAGGUUGAAUGAAAUGAACUGACUUUUUCUCUGGAUGGAUACGCGCUGUUUUCGGGAGGUGACAGCGGUGACUUUAGGAGCUGAACAUGUUCUGCAGUCCAGAGUAAACGGAUGGCCUCUUGGCUCCAGAGUGGUGAAGCUCUGUAAAGCCAUUCCUGUGUUUUAGUGCAAGCAUCCCCGAGGAGUUUUGUUUUUCAUCGGGACCUUGAGACACACACCCACACACACACACACACACACACACACACACACACACAUUGAUGUUCAGCCUCUCCUUUUUACAGUAAAACCUGGCAGACCUCUAAUCUCUAAAAGAUUGAUGAGGCUCUGUCCAGGCGCAGGAGGCCUGGCAUAGCGUCGAUAAGGCAGACUUUAUUUCACUACAUUUUAUCCCUCGCUCCUUCCUUUCUUCUCUUUUCCUCCAUGUUGAGGGACACAAGGGCUGGCUAUGAAGCGUGAAUGAGGAUUAUGACAUGGCAAGGCCCCUGGGCGAGAAGGACAGUGUUUUAAAAAAAAAGGAACCAUGAAAUGCCCCGGACAUGACAGUUCUCUUUUCUUCUGUUGCUCAUGUCAGACAGCCGUGUGGUAGCCGAGCAGAACGCCAGAGUCGGCAUGUCACUGUCAAACUGCUGGAGCUGGAAUAUAGUGAAACUACAGAGGGACACUCAGAGCUGAGAGGAGCUGAACACACACACAUUCCACACCUGCACACACUCACAAACACACUCAGAGCAUUUCACACGUGACAAUGUGCAACAUCACCUUCUGUGAUGUGGACAGUAAGGUGGACCAGUUCUUCCAGCCCACGCUCUACAUCAUAGUCAUCGUUCUGGGGCUGCCCACCAACUGCAUGGCCUUGUGGGCAGCCUACAUGCAGGUACGGCAACGCAAUGAGCUCGGCAUCUACCUGAUCAACCUGUCAGUGGCUGACCUCCUCUACAUCACCACUCUCCCUCUGUGGAUCGACUACUUCCUGCAGCACGAUGACUGGAUCCACGGUCAGGAGAGCUGCAAGCUAUUUGGCUUCAUCUUCUACACCAACAUCUACGUCAGCAUCGCCUUCCUCUGCUGUAUAUCACUGGACAGGUACCUGGCCGUGGCAUAUCCACUGCGCUUCGGCAAGGUUCGACGAAUCAAAACAGCUAUCCUGGUCAGCGCCAUGGUGUGGACGAUUGAGAUCGUAGCCAAUUCUGCUCCUCUCUUCCACGAUGAGCUCUUCCAGGAUCGAUUCAACCACACUUUCUGCUUUGAGAAGUAUCCCAUGCAGGACUGGGUGGCAGGGAUGAACCUCUACAGGACGUUUCUGGGCUUCCUCGCUCCAUGGACAGCCAUGCUUGUCGCCUACCGUGGGAUCCUGGUAGCAGUGCGCUGCAACGUCUCAACAGAGCGUCAGGAAAAGGCCAAAAUUCAGCGUCUGGCGUUGAGUCUGAUCCUGAUCGUUUUGCUCUGCUUUGGACCGUACCACAUCCUCCUGCUGGUGCGGAGUGUCAUGUUUCUAAAGAAGCCAUGUGACUGCAGCUCAGAGGAGAGCUUGUUUGCAGCGUACCAUGUAUCGUUGGCGCUGACCAGCCUCAACUGCGUUGCCGACCCCAUUUUGUACUGUUUUGUCAACGAGGGGGCGAGGCACGACGUUGGCCGAGCUCUCUCAGCUUUACUCUCUGCAGCUUGCAAACGGCGCUCCUCUUCCUCACCAUCAAACGCCGACAUGCUCAAUGCUGGUUCAGUGACUUUCGACACGCCGCUGGCAGCCAAGAAGCAGCCUUGUGUGUACGCUGAUGGAGACAAGACAAACAGCUACAAGACAGAACUGGUGGCUCUGAAGGAGGAGUGUCUACAGAUGACCAUCCUCAGUGUUAGGAAGUGACUUCAACCUGAAGUAUACAGUACUGUAGGAAGUCCAAACUGCUCAGCACAGUGGAUGGAGGAAGCUGCUAACACUGACAGGGUCUGAUGUCUUCUGGCCUGACAGGCUGGAAUCAGAUGCAUUUAUGAGGCUGUAGAAUUUUUAGGUGAAAGCUUCCACUAAAUGGCACAUUUACUAGCCAGAAUGGGAAUGAGAUUCAUGAAAGACAUAUUGCCUCUAGCCACGGUAGCAGUCCCUGAGAUUGAAAUGCUUACACACCAGAAAAUGAAAUUGUUGGGUGAAUGAACAUUUUAGUCUAUUUUUGCUAUUGUUAAAGAUCCUUACCAUUAGUGGGGCAAUGAGGGUGGCACUGAGGACAAGUCAUGUUGAAAAUCAAAAGGGUUUAUCCUUUGUUCUGCGACCACUGACAGCUUGUCAGGCUCAGCCCUUUGUUGCUGAUUUGUUACAACGUUCAUUGCUUAAAGCUGUAGUUUGUCAGACCUCUGCACAGCUGCACUGUAUGCUAAUGUUAACAUGCUAUAUUACCAUCAAUCGGGAUUCAGCAAUAAGCUUCAGAGGUAUUCUCAUGAAGUGUUCGACUGGAAGAAAUGUUGACCUGCAGGUGGCGCUGUAUGAAAUGUCAGGGGAUCACCAAUGUCCUCAGGAUUCAGCCUCGGUGGACCACAAAUGUCUGUACCAAAUUUAAUUCCAAUCCAUCCUGUAGAUGUUGAGAUAUUUCAGUCUGGACCAAAAUGUUGGACCAACAGAUCAACAGACCAGCUGACAUCCCUGCAGUCAUCUCACUGGUGCAGCUAACAAGGAUCUUAUCAAUCACCCACUGUGCCAGGAGUCAUUGUCAACGCCUCGGAAGACAUUCUUGAAUAUUUAAGUGGAAUAAUUUAAACACACUACAUUCUGCAUGGCUCAAUAUUGUUAAUGGUCUGAGAGGAGGCACCUUUGAAUUCAGACUGCAUGAAUGCACCACUUUGGAAUAUGGAAGAAGAGCAGGAGGGUAAUAAAAAAGAUUGUAGGUUACUGGUCAAUAAAAUUAUUUGAAUGCUUGUUGGAAAUGUCUUAAUUGUUUAUUAGUUUUUUUGAAGAAAAUAAUGAAGCCAUAUAAAGUACCUCAGCUCGUAAACUGUGAUAUGAUACAAGAAGGCUGAAAGUACAAGUGUCAUGCAAGCAAUGUUUUUUCUCUUUCAUUUUUACCACAGAAAGGACAAUAAUUAAGAAUUCCUAAACCAAAGCCUGCAUUCAGCUCAGAUGAAAGUCAACUAUAUCAGUCAUACUUAAACUACAUUAUGUUCAGCCUGUCUCAUGAACCAUACGUUCGAAAAUCUAC